GGGAGCGCGGCCGGAGCCGGAGCCGGAGCCCUCCUGCCUCACUCGAGGGGCGCUGAGCGUUCCGCCUGUGCAGCCACAGCCGCCGCCAGGAUGAACAAGGGCAUCUUGCACAUGCUUAAAAGCAAAAAAGAACUCAUUCCUCUGGCCGGAAUAAUAUCCAUGGCAGCAGCUGGGGCGUUCUCUUUUUGUGUCUAUUCCCUAUUCCACAAAUCCGAUGUGAUUAUUCACAAGUUUGGCAGUUCAGAACCAUGGGAAAAUGUUAACCCUUCCAAGUCUCAGAAGCUGGUAACAAUCAACCAGAAGUGGCAACCUAUAGAAGAGCUGGAAAAGGUCAAAAAGCUUACAAAGUGAGAAGUUUCUGUUGCCUCCAAAAGGUACCCUAUGAAUCUAGUGGAAUCACUUCUGCACAAACUUGACUACUGAAAUCAGUGUGCGGAAAUGCUUCUGCUACAUUUUUAGGGUCUGCCUACAUUUUUUUUUUGGACUCUGGAUGAGAAGUUUCAUGUUGCUUUAGAAGCUGGCAUAGAGCAUCCACAUAGUCCAAAAAUCUGACUAAAAAUACUCAUUUUCAAUAAGCAUUUGAUAUAAUUUUUUGAGUAUUCAGAUGGUAGUUAUGGAUUGAAAAAGCCUUCUUAGUUUUUGUAGAAUUUCAGGAUUUGUUUCAAAAUACAUUAGUUUUGCUGUUUUAUUCAUUUUAAAUAAAAUAAACUCUAUAGGACUGAGGAGUCCUAUAGGUUAUUUAGGGGUGUAUUUGAGACUGCAGAUUUAGAACCUCAAAACCUAGGAGUCAAGCAUGGCUAGAAGGGAAAUGAAAAUCAGUAAUUUGUUUUGUAUUUAAAUAUUGUUCAUGAUUAAUUUCUUUUAAAGUUACUGGAAUUAGAAAACCUGCAUUAUCUGAAGCUACACAGUGGUAAUUUCCUCUUUCUGUGCAAGGUUGUUCAAAUGCAAGUUCCAAUGUGUUGUGCAAUUAACAAUAUUUUUGAAGGUUUCUACAUGCUGUUAAGAAUAUCUCUUUUAUCCAAUAGAAACUAACAGAUUAAUAUCAGGAAUAAUUCUAUGAAGAGGCAGUUCCUCUUUAAGCUUCUGUGUGUUUUCUUAUGGGUUGGCCAGGGAAAGAAUGUAACGGGCAGGUUCCCAGUAAAAUCCUAAGACAAUAAAUGCAUCCAAUGGCAAAACAGUCCUUUUGUAGAUAUUUUCAGUAUGUGCCUUCUUCCAAGUGGUUUCUCAUUCUGUUCCACAGUUUCUUUUACAAUGGAUGUUCAGAAUUCAUAAUCCUUUCUGUGAGGAAGAAAGCAAAAGUGAAACAACUGCUAAUUGGGAAAAGUCCCCUUAAAUGAGUAAUAGUCAAGUGCUUUAGGUUAUUCUGCUGCAGCAAAGAGAAAAUUCCAUUAGAAAAGCUGUCUCCAGAAUUCCAAAGAGCUUGGCUUCAGAAGCUUUAUGUUUUCUUCAGCUGAGGAAAAAAAAAAAAAAAAACAACCCUCUAAAUGUUGCAUAAAUAUUUGUUUACCUAGUAAGGAUGACUCAGCAGCAUUUAUGUUUUGGAGUGAGAGGAGCUCCUAUCUUUCAGAAUAAGUCCUUAGCUUGCAUUUUAAGGAAUGACAUUACGAGAAGAUUGGAUAGCACAGAACCACAAAAUACAGUGCUCUGAGAAAUACAAGUUUUAAGUAUUUUAAAACAGAAAAUAUUUUAAAAUAUUUCUGUUUUUCUUAUUUCUACUGGACUGUAGCAAAAACAAAGUGCCAGGCUCUGAGUUGAUGCACUGAGUUUGUUCUUCAGUAAGUCACUUUUUUUUUGUGACCUAAGUAUCUGUCAACAUUGGGAAAAUAAGUGUAAGUAAUUUUUAGUUAAUUUUUGCAUUUAGCCACAUUUCAGUGAUGUUUCCAGUAGCACAUUAAGCAGUGUGACUGCUGUCAGUCACAGCUUGUUGCUUCUCUUCUCAUGUCCUGAAGCCUAACAGCUGAUAAUAAAAC